AACUGAACUCUUCUUCAUCCAUCUUUCGUGACAAAUAAAUGCCAAUCGUGGUAAGUAUGCAAUAAUGAACCCCCCAAUUAGCAUGGUAGCAGCCACAAAAUUUCUUUAAAAUCUCUCUCAAAGUUCCAAUCUUGCAAACAAUAUUUUCCUCUUCUCCAUUCUCCAGGUUACUUCGGAAUCUUAAACCCCAUUUCCCAUUUUCUUCUCUUCUUUCAUUUCCAUUUCCUAAAGUAAUUACCACAGAUUCUUCGCUCUUGGAAACCUUGCAAAUUCUUGGAUGUGCUGCUAGGUUCAAACCCAAAAACCCACCGACAAAGAUUCCUGUUUUUAUGAAAAAGUAAAAGGUAAAAUCUUUAGUAAAACCCACACUCUUCUCCGGGAAGUGUCUGAAUCUUUUGUUCCGGAUCAAAGAUGGGUCGGUUUUUCCGAUCGAUUUUACCCUGCUGCGCGGCUGUGUUGCUACUGGCGGCCUGCUCGGCGGUGGGCGAGUGGGAAACGUGCUCCGGGAUAGUUCCGAUGAGGGAGCGGAGCAAUAGGAUAUCGAUAGCCGACUUCGGCGGCGUCGGAGACGGCCAGACGUUGAAUACGAAGGCGUUUAUGGAAGCAAUUUAUCAAAUUCAGCAUUUGAAUAGAAGCGGCGGCACUCUUCUUUACAUUCCGGCCGGCGUUUAUCUCACCGGACCUUUCAAUCUUACAAGCCACAUGACUUUGUACUUGGACAAAGAUGCUGUCAUCAAAGCUACUCAGGAUACAACAAACUGGCCUUUAAUUCCUCCAUUGCCAUCAUAUGGAAGGGGAAGAGAGCUGCCUGGUGAAAGAUACGUGAGCUUUAUUCAUGGAGAUGGGCUUCGAGAUGUUAUCAUCACUGGUGAGAAUGGGACAAUUGAUGGUCAAGGUGAUGUGUGGUGGAACAUGUGGAGGCAAAGAACUCUUCAAUUCACAAGACCGAAUCUGAUAGAACUCAUGAACUCUCGAGGCAUAAUCAUCUCUAAUGUCAUUUUCAAGAAUUCCCCCUUCUGGAAUAUCCACCCCGUUUAUUGCAGCAAUGUUGUUGUUCGAUAUGUCACCAUACUGGCUCCUACUGAUUCUCCGAACACUGAUGGAAUUGAUCCUGAUUCAAGCUCUCAUGUCUGCAUUGAGGACUCGUAUAUUUCCACGGGGGACGACCUAGUGGCUGUGAAGAGCGGGUGGGAUGAGUAUGGCAUUGCCUAUGGGCGCCCGAGCCACGGCAUUACCAUACGCAGGGUGACUGGAUCUUCCCCGUUUGCUGGAAUUGCUGUUGGAAGUGAAACCUCCGGGGGUGUAACCGAUGUUCUGGCUGAGCAUAUAACCCUUUCCAACAUGGGCGUUGGCAUCCACAUAAAAACUAACGUGGGGCGUGGAGGGAUCAUAAGAAACAUUACCUUCUCCAAUGUGUACAUGGAAAAGACACGAACGGGGAUAAGGAUUGCGGGUGAUGUUGGCGGGCAUCCCGACGAGCAAUUCAACCCGAACGCUAUUCCCAUCGUCCAAGACAUCAAAAUCAAGGAUGUAUGGGGCGAACAGGUUCUGCAGCCCGGUUGGAUACGGGGUAUACCAAAAUCCCCUUUCACUAACAUCUGCCUUUCCAACAUCCACCUUAAUGGUGCUAAAUCACUCCGAAAUCCUCCAUGGAAGUGCUCGGAUGCUAGCGGGGCUGCAGUUCAGGUUAGCCCCUCGCCCUGCUCUGAACUAACCCGAGAUCAAUCUGGUGCGUGCUCUUCGCCACCAUUCUAAGUUAGCCAUCAUGUAUUCUUUCCAUUUUUUUUCGUUAAUCCACCGUUCAUAAUAAACUCUUUUGUGACACCCUUUCCUUUGUUAACAAAGGCAUCAGGGGAAAUGUAAUUGUAACAUGAGUUUUUUUAGAGUACAUUCUUGGUCUAUAUAAGUGUACUUGUUCUAGGUUUGGAUAUGAAUUAUUUUGCAACAUUGCAAACUUUCAAGUGAAAACUCUUCUUUGGUUAUGUAUA